UGCGGCUGAGGGGAGGGGGGGCGGUGCGUUUCGGAGCCGUGCUCGGGGCUCGCCGUUCGUUGGGCCCGUCGCCCGCGCUGCCCUCCGCCCGCCGUUGAGGCGGGGGGGAACUGCGGAGCGGCCGGACCGCGCUCCCUGGCCAAGGAGCGGCGAGAGCGGGGCCCGCAGGGAGCAGCCGCCGCUCGGUUGGUUCCGCCCCCUUCGUGGCGCUGGGCCUCCGGCCCCUGCCGAACCAGGAGGCGGUCGCGGCCUCGGCGGGUGGGGGGAGGCGCGGCGGGAGCCGGGGUCCCGGCCGACGGGGCGGCGCGGACCCCGCCGCUGUUGUUGCUGCUACUGCUGCUGCCGGGUAGGCGGGGGGCCCGGGCCGCUCUGGAUGGUGGUUAAAAUGAUCAUAGAAAACUUCGAGGCGCUGAAAUCCUGGCUCAGCAAAACCUUGGAGCCCAUUUGUGAUGCAGAUCCAUCUGCCCUAGCUAAAUAUGUUCUGGCUUUGGUAAAGAAGGAUAAAAGUGAAAAGGAACUGAAGGCAUUGUGUGUUGAUCAGCUGGAUGUAUUUCUUCAGAAAGAAACUCAGAUAUUUGUGGAAAAACUGUUUGAUGCUGUGAAUACAAAAAGCUAUCUACCUCCACCAGAACAGCCAUCUUCAGGAAGCCUGAAAGUAGAAUUUUUUCAGCACCAAGAAAAAGAGACAAAAAAAGAAGAGAUAGUUAAAGAGGAAGAGCGAGAGAAAAAGUUUUCUAGAAGAUUAAAUCACAGUCCUCCUCAGUCAAGUUCUCGCUACAGAGAUACCAGAAGCCGUGACGAAAGGAAAAAAGAUGAACGUUCUCGGAAAAGAGAUUAUGACCGAAAUCCUCCCAGAAGAGAUUCCUAUAGGGAUCGAUAUAACAGAAGAAGAGGGAGGAGCCGGAGCUACAGCAGAAGUCGAAGUAGAAGUUGGAGCAAAGAGAGAUUGCGGGACCGGGAUCGAGACCGGAGCAGAAGCCGGAGCAGAACACGAAGCAGAGAAAGGGAUUUGGGGAAGCCAAAAUAUGAUAUGGAUAGAACAGAUCCAUUGGAGAACAAUUAUACUCCAGUUUCUUCUGUGACAAAUAUUUCGUCCGGCCACUACCCUGUCCCUACACUGAGCAGCACUAUUACUGUUAUUGCUCCUGCUCAUCAUGGAAAUAACACUACUGAAAGCUGGUCAGAGUUCCAUGAAGAGCAGCUGGACCACAACUCCUAUGGAAGACCUCCGCUGCCAAAGAAACGCUGUAGAGAUUAUGAUGAAAAGGGUUUCUGUAUGAGAGGAGACAUGUGCCCUUUUGAUCAUGGAAGCGAUCCAGUAGUGGUAGAAGAUGUGAAUCUUCCUGGCAUUCUGCCUUUUCCAGCACAACCCCCUGUUGUUGAAGGACCACCUCCUCCUGGACUUCCUCCCCCUCCACCAAUUCUGAGUCCUCCUCCUGUUAACCUUAGACCUCCAGUACCACCACCAGGCCCCUUACCACCUAGCCUUCCACCUGUAACAGGACCACCCCCUCCCCUUCCCCCAUUGCAGCCUGCUGGCAUGGAUGCUCCCCCAAACUCAGCAACUAGCUCAGUUCCUACUGUUGUUACAACGGGUAUUCAUCACCAGCCGCCUCCUGCUCCACCCUCUCUUUUUACAGCAGGUGUAGUACUGAGGCUUUGCCCACAAGAAACGUAUGACACAGAUGGCUAUAAUCCAGAAGCUCCAAGUAUAACAAAUACUUCAAGACCUAUGUAUAGACAUAGAGUACAUGCCCAAAGACCAAAUUUGAUAGGACUCACAUCAGGUGAUAUGGAUCUACCACCCAGAGAAAAACCUCCUAAUAAAAGUAGUAUGAGAAUAGUGGUAGAUGCUGAAUCCAGGAAAAGAACAAUUGGUGCAGGGGAUGGUGGAGUUCCUACAAAGAAGACUUGGUUUGACAAGCAAAAUUUUAACAGAACAAAUAGUCCAGGUUUCCAGAAGAAGGUGCAGUUUGGAAAUGAAAAUACGAAACUUGAAUUGAGGAAGGUUCCCCCAGAACUUAACAAUAUCAGCAAACUUAAUGAGCACUUCAGUAAGUUUGGAAACUUAGUCAACUUGCAGGUUGCAUAUCAAGGUGAUCCAGAAGGUGCCCUUAUUCAGUUUGCCACACAUGAGGAAGCAAAGAAAGCUAUAUCGAGUACAGAAGCAGUGUUAAAUAAUCGUUUUAUUAAAGUUUAUUGGCAUCGAGAAGGCAGUGCACCGCAAAUCCAAACCACCACACAGAAGGUGAUACAACCCUUAGUUCAGCAACCUAGUUUACCAGUAGUGAAACAAUCAGUCAAGGAGCGAUUAGGUCCGGUACCUGCAAGUAAUAUUGAACCUGCAGAAGCACAGAGUGCCAAUACAGAAGUCACUCAGAACGUGACUAAAUUAUCUGUGAAGGAUAGACUGGGUUUUGUGUCAAAGCCAGUUACUCCAACAACUGAAAAGGUUUUAUCCACUUCUACUGGCUUGACAAAAACUGUGUACAACCCUGCUGCUUUGAAGGCAGCACAGAAAUCUUUGCCUGUUGUUUCCACUUCCGUGCUAGACUCUAAUGAAGCACAGAAGAAAAAACAGGAAGCAUUACGACUUCAACAAGAUGUGAGAAAAAAGAAGCAAGAAAUCUUAGAGAAGCACAUUGAAACACAAAAGAUGCUGAUUUCAAAGCUGGAGAAGAAUAAAGCCAUGAAGUCAGAAGACAAAGCAGAAAUCAUGAAAACACUGGAAAUUUUGACUAAUAGCAUUACCAAGUUAAAGGAUGAAUUAAAAGGUGUAUCACCAGGAGGAGGGGCUCCUUUAAAAAGCAUGAAAACUAAGACUCAGAUGCAGAAAGAGUUACUAGAUACUGAACUGGAUUUAUACAAGAAGAUGCAAGCUGGGGAGGAAGUUACUGAAUUAAGACGAAAAUAUACAGAGCUACAGCUGGAAGCUGCCAAACGAGGGAUUCUUUCUUCAGUUCGUGGUAGAGGGGUUCAUGCAAGAGGUCGGGGUGCAUCACGUAGCAGAGGUAGAGGAAUACGAGGCCGGGGUAGAGGCAGAGGAGUUCCUGUGCAUGCAGUUUUGGAUCAUCGACCUAGGGCAUUAGAAAUCUCUGCAUUUACAGAAAGUGAUAGAGAAGAUCUUCUUCCUCAUUUUGCGCAAUAUGGUGAAAUUGAAGAUUGCCAGAUAGACGACUCUUCUCUCCAUGCGGUGAUUACCUUUAAGACAAGAGCAGAAGCUGAAGCUGCUGCAAUUCAUGGAUCUCGUUUUAAAGGACAGGAGUUAAAGUUGGCAUGGAACAAGCCUGUUGCUAGUAUGUCAGCUGUUGAAACAGAAGAAGCUGAACCUGAUGAAGAAGAAUUUCAGGAAGAAUCUUUGGUGGAUGACUCGCUGCUUCAAGAUGAUGAUGAAGAGGAGGAGGAUAAUGAAUCUCGUUCAUGGAGAAGAUGAUUCAACUGAUCAAUGACAAUGCUAGAACUGCACCUGUGUUGCAUUAGUAUUACCUAAUGUACUUCUGCAUCUUUGUAUUAAAAGGGGUUUUGUGAUGAAGUUGGAUUCGGAUAUAGACUAAAAAGCAGCUGGUCGGUUAUACGUUUUGAGAGAUUGAUGUUUGAGUUACAUUUCAGUAAAUGAUUGCUAAAGACAUCAUACUAGGAACAUAUGCAAUGUUUUUAUUACAUAGUUCUACAGAAAGUUACAGAAUUCUUUGGGUUCUUUGUAAUUUACCGAAUUGGUCAAACACAAAUGACCAAAAGUUGUUAUAACAUAGAUAAUUUUUGUUCUAUUCCAGAUACGGAAUGAAAAUUUGCAUUUAAAAUCUUUGUGAAUGUUUUCAGAAAUGAAUAGAUAACAGUACUAAACCGAAGUCUCUGAAGUUAUGUAUUCAUAAUAUUGCAUAGUAGUAUGCUUAGGCUUUACUAUGUACUAGCCUUUUGUUGGAUUUGUGUACGUAUUUUACCUAUGGGUUUUAAUGAUAAAGUGUAUGACUGCUUUGCAUAUAAGUCCUUAUGACUUUAAGAUGUUAAAAAAUAAAGAAAUGGAAUGGUCUUAAAAAAAAAAAAGAAAAAAGAAAAAAAAAGCAAUAACCAAAAAAGCUAAGGCAAUGGUCCUUCAUGAUGAAAAAAAAAAAAAAAGAGAAAAAAAAAGAAAAGAAAAAAGACCGUUCCAAAUGGCAACCCCCACCCCCAUAUUCACAAAAGGAGCUCUAAUCACUAUCACUUAUACUAAUAUGGUAUUGAAUAUAAAAAAUCUCAACGUAAUGAUGUUUCAUUUAUGUUAACACACAGGUAGGUAUACUCUGUUUCAUAAAAGCUUUUGGAUGUCUUCUGAAUUUAAACUGAUUUAAGACAAAUGGUAAAUAGAAUAAUAUUCCAACAAUAAGGAAUUUAUUCUGUAUCCCUGCACUGUGCAACUGUAGAAGAAAAUUGGAUCCCACAAAAAUAUAUGCAGUACUGAAAUGUAAUUUAGAAAAAUACAUUAGGUGAAGUGGAAUAUUUGGUAGGUAUUAUUCUAAAAACUUUGACUAUGCACACUAAUGCCUUUUUUUUUUUAUUCCUGUGUAUCUAUGAUUACAUUUUUCCAUUUCAAAAGUAAUACUUGGCAGAUACUAAGUUCACACUAUAGUGUAUAUUCAUCAUUUAAAAAUGUACCUACUCCACAGAAAUACUUAAUUGGCUCUUUCUAACAGGGCGUUCUGUUCUGUGAGGUCUGAAGUUUCUCCUUUUCUUAGGAAGGGGAACUGCCUGAUCCUUCGCAGUAAAGGACGUCUUUCACCAGAAAGACUUGUUUUUAUUUCCAUUUUCAAAAGAAAAUACAUUUGUUAAGUAUUAGAGUUGUGGGGCUUAUUUUAUUUUUUUACCCCAUCAACUCAUUAAUGAGUGCAGAAUAAAACUGCUAUCUUGUUUAUCAAAUAGAUGCAGGGGAUAGUACUUCAGUUAACAGUCUGUUUUCUAUAGGCCAUAUUUUUGUCUUUUUGGGGGGUGGGUGGGAGAGAACUGCUAUAACACAUAUGUCUGCCUUUUUUUAAUUCCAAAAUAGGAAUGGAGGAAAAUAGUAGUAGUAGUAUCCUGGAAAGAGGAGCUCUGGCUGUAGAAUUUUCUUCUGUGCUUUUCAGUUACUUGAGGACUUUUUGAGACCUGGAACCUGUUUUGGGUUUUUGUGGGGUUUUGUGGUCUUUGUGUUUGUUUUUUGUUUGUUUGUGGGUUUUUUGUUCCUGUGCCCUUAUAUGUAUGCAUAUCUUGUUGCAAAAAUAUGCACUUAAAAUUUUUGUAUAGUCUUAGUUUCACAUUGAAAUUUUACAAUUGACUGCCAUGCCUGUUACAGUAAGUUCUAAAUCUUGCCAUAAGGAAUUGUAUUUGGGAAAUUGAUUUCCUUUUACACUGAAUUUCAGGCAAAAUAAAAUAUUUUAAGAAUGUUUUUAUCCAGUGCUCUGAAUGAGCUGGUUUAGAUCACUGAAAGAAAUACAAGCUUUUCUACUUUUUAAAAUAAUUUAGUACAUCUGAUUGACAGUCCGGAAGGUGGAAGUGUUCUGUGUGUUGCCUUACGGAAUAGGUACAGCACAGGCAAGGACUGUGCAUGCUGUGUUAAGGUGGUGGUGUGGCAUGCUUUGUCUGUCUGGUGCUCAAACCUGCCUUUUCACUGCAGUUGAUCAACACGAGCUAAUGACAACUCAUUGUGUUCUUUACAUAGAUUCUUAUGAAUCAUCUGAAAUUGCUGUAUUGUGUAAUUUUAAAAUUAGUAUUGCAAGUUUGCCUGCUUGUUUUGAAUUCAGCUUGGUAAUGCAUCCAUGCAAGAUUCAUUUCUUAGUAACCGUUUGCACCCUGGUCUACCUGUAAGGGAAUGAAACUUAAAAUUCUUUUUACCACCUUCCCUCCCCCAAACUUCCCAUCAACUAAAGGUGUCAGGGAAUUCUCACUGGCAUGUAUCUUGUCCCCUGCUGUUUCUAUGUGACACUGAAUGAUUGAAAACCACCUGGAUCAGAAUGGCUUGGUUUACUCUCACUUUAAGAAACAAACCCAAAUGUUUGUUUCAGUCAAAACUAAUCUGUGUGCCAUUCAGUAUAAGAGAACGGUGUCCCGGUUGCAAUCUAAAUGGAUUCUGUUCGGAUUUCUGUCAUUAUCAAAUGACUUUCUUGAUUUGAUUUCUUUUUUGGCUUGCUCUAUCCUUGCAUUCCUUGUCUAGCUCUGCUCUCCCCUCCCUUUUUUGCUACUACCUUAGCCAACUCCUGUCUUUUCAGUUCAGUCAGAUCCUUAUUAGCAUAGCCUUCAGUGAAAUCUGCUGUCACCUGGAGCAGCAUCCUUCCUUGUUUGAACCAACAAACCAAGCAUCCUGCUGACUUUCAUUCCCUUCCUUACUUAGUUGAUCCUUCUGAAUGCAUUCCCAAGUAUGCCUCCACUGUGAUUAGCUAAAUCAUUGUAUUUUUUUAACAGUUCUGCAAAUGGAUUUUCCUAGUCUGAAACACUGUGAGCGAGGUUACCUUGGUUUUCCCCAGGCAGCUUUUCAAAAUUUCUAUGGAAAAAAAGGUAAACAUUAAAGAAGGUAUUUUCUUUUCCAGCUAGAUGCAAAAGGCCUUGAGUAAGAUGUGAUCUGACAUGUAGUUCGAUGACAGUAUUUUAGUAAAUCACAUUUGGUUGAACUAUAAAAAAUACUUUAAGUAAUGGGAGUCAGUAAUUCAGAAUAUAUUACAGUCUCUCUACAAAACCGUAAAGAAACAAGAAUACCUCUUUGAAGCAUUACUUAUGGCCAGUGCUAUUUGUAUUUUUUGUUCUCUUAAAACUCACUUAUUUUAAAUCAGAAAACCCACAGAAGAAAUACAAGUUAGUUAUUAGCGAAACACAAAUGUAUAGGACUUAUUUUACAAACAAGUCUAAGCAGGUCUAUUUCUUAAAUAGCAAAAGCACCCACUGAAAAGUAUUUGUAUAAUUUCAGGCACUUAAAAUAGGUUUCUGUUCUAAACCACACUCUAAAAACAGGCUAUUCUUUAACUAGAAAAGGAAUAAAAAAUUACUAUCCAGAUAAGGAUCUGAGCACAGCGUAGUGUGAUUGUACCUACUUAACGCAUCCAAUUUUGUGGCUGACCAUCUACUCUGAAGAGGUCCCCAAACCAGCUAAGCUUACUAUUCUUGUCAGCCCUUGGAUAACUUUUAAUAACUGUACAUUUAUUUGAGGGGUUUUUUUAGAUGGAAUGGACAAUUUGUAAUUACCAGUUAUCUCAUGAGCAUAAAAGAGCACAAAAAGAUGCACAAGAAUUUGGUUUUGACUCUAUUAAGUGAUUUUGAAUGUUUCCUGUAUUUUUUUUUUUAACUAAUCCCUGAACUAGUAGGUCUCAGCAAAAGUAGAUGGAGAGGGUAGAGGAUUUUUUUUUUCCCUUUCAUCAGUCAUACACUGCUGUUGUACCAAUACACAAACUAGCAUAAACGGGCGUAGAACUUCAAUGAAGCACCUCAUUUACUGUAAUUCAACAUUGUUGUAAUGUUGCAAUUAAGAUACAGUCAGAUUUAAUCCUACACCACUUACCUUUAAUUAGUAAAUUAAGUUACAAUUAACAAGAUAGAGCAACUGGAACAAAUAGCAGAAAUUUGAGGGGUUUGUGGGGAAAAAAAUAAGUGUGAAAAUCACAAUUUUGAUUGUUCUUCGUCAUUUUGUUUAGAGUGGAGCUGUUCCUUACUCUUCUGGUGUUACAGCACUUAAUUACUUAAAUGAACCUGUUAAGUCAGACAAACUAGAAGUCCUUGAUCAAGAUUUAAAAAAAAAAAAAAUUACUUUUUUCAGUUGAGUUGAUAUAGCUGUAAAAUGAUCCUUGGUGAAAAUGAACUCUUAGUUUUUGUGGACUCAUAUAGACCUUUAUAAACACACUAGUGUGCUUGUCACGGUUGCCUGAAUACUGUAGUUUUAUAAAAUAAUUAUUUUCUUUUUUUCCUUUAGUAUGUCUCUGCAUGUUUUAUUCUGAACCAUGUUUUAAAUCUAUAGACAUCAAAAAUACUUGCAACAAAGAGACUUCAGUGAUUUCAAUCUUUUAUUUAAAUUCUCUUUAGAUCUAAUUGGAACGCUAAUGAGAGGGAUUUCAAGAACAUACUGCACAAGAAAUAUCUCUUUUUUUCCUAAUUGAUCAUUAUUUGUAAAAUCCUUCUAUAUGUGUUAAUUCUAAAGCUUAUCUGAAUGUUGAUACUUUGGUUUUUGUCCAUGUUAAUGUCUUUUUUCUUCUUACAGUAAACUUGUAGUCCUGAGACCAGUCGAUGUCUUUGAAAAUCAUCUCAUCUGACCCUGUGGUAUUUUAUAAUAAUUUAGAUGUUACACUUUGAAUUCUUGGAAUUCCAAGAUCCUUCCUGCUUUAUUAGCACAACACACUAAUUCAGUUUCUCACCUUUCUCUGGCAAAGACUGGAAUACCACAUUCAGCAAAUCUGUCUGUGCUAGUUGAUAAACUGGAUUUUAGUAUUUCCCUGUCAGCAACUGGGAGAAAAAUUUUUGAGGCAUGUACUCUUCAAAAUUCUGUUUUCUGAGAAACAUCUGCAGUAGACAUUUUUUUUUAUUUUGACCUUUGGUAUGCAGAGAGGGUAAAAUAAUCUGUUUUUACCCUUUUACACUAUUUUACUCCUCUGUGUUGCAGUUUCACAUGAGAUUUUUGGAUAGUAAUUUGAUGGGUAAGUUAGAUCUUUUAAUGUCACCAGGCAUACACUUUUCUUUAAAAAGGAAGAGGGGAAAAAGAAGCCAACUAGUAUUUACAGUCCCUCUUGACAAGAUAUGGAGAUUAUUUGAAAUCAGAAAUGUUAUUUACAGGCCUCAAAACUUGAACAAUGUGGAUGACCAUUUCCCAGUUGCUAAAGAAUGCCUUCUGCUUCUUAGGCUUUAUGUUCUUUUAAAUGUAAAGGAAAAAAAGAAACGCUAACUUCUCCCAAAAUGUUUUCCUAAUGAUCUGCAGCUAUACUGAAAAUCUCAGCUCUAAGGCAUACUAACUCUUCUCUCUAUACAAUAAUUUGCUCUCUAGGGAACUGAGAAAAGUUUCUUAGGUUUUAAAGGUCAUAAUUUAUUCUUCAUCUUGCAUGGAAUUUUGUGCGACAAAGAUGUUUGAGCCAAAAUGUUUCCUCCUUGUAGAGAAAACAAAGAGUUCACAAAAACAUAUGUUGAUCUAUGCAUGUAAAAAGCUACAUCCUUUUGCCAAAAUCGUGUGCAUGUUGCUAAUGCAUAUAUGGUGUAGGUGAAAUCUACAGAGGCACAGAAAUGCCUUUAGGGUACAAGAACUAUCUUUUCACAGAGCUUCCCAGCUCUGCAGGGCUCUGCUGCAUAAAAGCUGAUAGAAGUGUCCUUUCCAUUAAAGUACCUUUUUUUUUUAACAUGAUGAAAUGUUCUUCCUCACAUUUGCAAACUGUCCUUUCUCUGCUUAAAAAAAAAAAAAAAAAAAAGGUAGUUCUGGUUUGUGGAUUUUUUUUUUUCCCUUGAGAUAAAGCCCUGUAUUUUCUCUUUCGACUGCUAGAGGGCACUAUGGCUACACAAGUGAAACACAGUAACUGGAAGUAAUUUGCUCCCAUUUCAACACUUCUGUGAUAUUUUUCCUCUUUCAAUUCUCAUACUAAUAUUUGCAUUUCUUGCAGAAAUCUGUAUACAUCUCUACCAUGUCAGCAGAAAUUCUGUUUGUGUGAACUGAAACAAAGUAUCUCUCUUUGGAUUUAGGUACCAAUGAUAAAAUGUGACUCCAGGUAUUUAAAUCUGAAUAAAACAGAAGAACAUUUCUGUGUUGCAAGAAGCAUAAAUCCAUCUCCUUUUCUGCUCUGGGAGUUGAAUUAGUUUUUGAUAGUUUACAGUUGGAGUUGUAGAAAACUUUGGGUAGCUACAUACUGUUUGUCAAAGCUUUUCCUAAAAGUUAAUCUUUUAAGCACAUGUUUAUGCUCUAGGACAGGGGAUAUGCAGUGAAUGGAAAGCUAAAACUUAUUGCUGUAAAGUGUGUGUGUGUGGGGUGGCAGAAAUGGCAGACAAUACUACAUUUUUAUAUAAACUACAAAACAAAUUGCCAGCCUAACAUGGUAUGAAGAAAUUUCACCACUGUGGCCAGUUAUCUUUGCUUUAUGAUAAACUCAUGUUGAAUACAUCAAAGAAUUACUA